AUGCCGGCAGUUAGAAGUUCCCGCCAUCAACACAGCCAGGAAACGGUGUCGCCCUUGGCGGCGGUAACACUUUCCGCGGAGGACGUGAGAAGCACAAGGGCGACGUUGAUAGCAGUUGUCAAGAAAACGCUCGGCAUCGAAGAUGCCAGCGAGCCACGCUCAGACGUGGAUGCCUUGGCAGCAAAGGUGGGGGUGAUCAAGGCAAUCGGCCUCAGCAACACCAAAUUUUCGCUGAAGACGAAGGCCAUGAAGACGGCUUUCCUUCUCGCAAUGUUGGCCAACCAAGAGGACGAUUUUCCGACUUUUCCAGAGGACGCAGAGGUUGAGGGGUUCAUGCAAGAGUGCAGAGAUGCGAUUUUCCCAGGAUUCAGGCCUGGGACGUACAACGGCAAACCCCAUGAGCCGAUGGAAGAGGAUAACUUCGAAAGGCUCGAGAGAGGCGAGGAUAGAGAGGCGCAGAAAGAAUACGACCGCGAGGUCAGGAGGAGUGUUGGGGGACACCAUGGCCGGUCCUUGGCCCAUGCGGAGUCGAUUCUGAUGUGGAGUAACAAACAGCUGUAUUUGGCUCGAAAAGACCUCUCAGCAUUACGAGAAAAGUGCGCUCAGCUGACUGACCAGCUGAACAUGGCAAACCGCGUCAUCGAGAUCAAGCAAGCCCAUAUUGCCGCUAGCCAGACACCCAACACCGUCCAUCCUGCUGCACAGCAAGAUCAACCGCAGCACAUCGAUCCGCUCAUCUAUCAUGGCUCCAACAUCCAGGAACUUGAUGGGAGGAGCGUCCAUGUCGACAGAGCAAGGCGUGGGUUGGCCGGAGCACACCCUCACACGGCGUCAAUGGAUAUCCGCAACACUGGGAUUGACUCCUCAAGUCAGCCCAUCCGAAUUCAACCGUCAUUCGGAAGUACAUCGACGGCCCUGCACCCUAGCACAUCGAUCUCCAACCAAGAGCACCAGCAGCCUCUGGGGUUCGGUCUCGAUUCGUUGUGGCCUAGAGGCAUCCCUGAGGCGAAUGGUACCACGCCCGGAGAUGAAGAUAUGUGGCCGGAGUGGAAUGAGACGUUUGAACGCCUCAUGGACCAAAUUCCCGAUCUUCAGGAUGAGGAAUUCGAGGGUAUCUUGAGUUCGUAG